UGAUCCCUUCUCCACAAACGGUGGUUCAGUUUCCAUGGCCAACUCGACGAACCGGCUUCCGAUUCUAUUCAAAAACCGCUCGUGGACCACGGACAUCCACCGCGACAUAGAAUGGGAGAAAUUAAAGCUCAAACAAAGACGAAGGAACUUGCACCGCCGCAGCAUGAGUGCGAAUGCUGCGUCGGAGUUUGAUGUCAUGGAUGAAGAUAUUAGCGAGCUUCAAGCUUGCUUCGAGCUCGGGUUUGGGUUGGAUCCGUCAAAUGAAUUGGAUCCGAAGCUUAAACGGGCUUUUCCUGCACUUGAAUUGUACAUUGCUGUUAACCGCCAGUUUAACGGUCGAGAUCUUUCGAGGUCUUCGUCGAUUGAUUCUGAUUGUUCGUCGAACUCUAGCAUGUCUUCGCGCCUCAUUGUUGAUCCAAGUGAUAAUCCAAAAAUGGUGAAGAUGAGAUUGAAGAGAUGGGCGCAGGUGGUUGCUUGUUCGGUUCAUGAAGCUUUCACUCAGCCAACAAUUGAAUUUGAAGAAUGAGUGUGUGUGUGUGAAGAGCUUGUUUGUAUGUGUGAAGUGUGAAGUGUGAAGUGUGAAGUGUGAAGUGUGUGUCUGUGUGUGCAUUUUCUAGGGUUCUGAGAAAGGAAUUGAAGAAUCAACCUUA